AUGGCAUCUGAAAAGCCGAUACUUUAUAGCUAUUUCCGAAGUUCCUGCUCUUGGAGAGUGAGAAUUGCAUUGGCUCUGAAAGGGAUUUCCUAUGACCUGGUGCCAGUGAACCUCCUGAAGGAUGGGGGGCAGCAGUUUUCUGCUGAAUUCAAGGCAGUGAAUCCAAUGCAGCAAGUCCCAGCCUUGAAAAUCGAUGGCAUCACCCUUUCUCAGUCUCUAGCUAUACUUCAUUACUUAGAAGACACCCGUCCCAACCCCAGGCUCCUGCCCCAAGAUCCGAAGAAGAGAGCCCAAGUCAGAAUGAUUGCUGAUCACAUUGUCUCUGGCAUUCAGCCACUCCAGAACCUGAGUGUCCUGAAACAAAUGGGGGAGAAAAAAAUGGAAUGGGCUCAGAACUGCAUUGCAUCUGGCUUUCAAGCGCUGGAGCAGACUCUGCAGCACACUGCUGGCCGCUACUCUGUGGGGGAUGAAGUCUCCAUGGCUGAUCUGUGCUUGGUGCCUCAAGUUUUCAAUGCUGAAAGAUACAAAGUUGACAUGAGUCCAUAUCCCACAAUAACCAGAAUAAACAAAGCUCUCCUGGAGCUAGAGGCAUUCAAAGUAAGCCACCCAUCCCGGCAGCCAGAUACUCCUACAGAGCUGCAAGCUUGAAGCCCUUCUCAUUAAAUCAAGUAAGCUAGAGUGUCAAAGAGGACAACAGCUACAGCUUGAGUAGGACUUCAGUGCCAGCAGGAAGCCUUAGUACUAGUGGC